CUGGACACUACCACGCUCUUGCUCCGCACGUUGCGUGCUGGCUCCGAGGUGCUCGACGAGGACGUCGCCGAGAGGCUCUCGGCGUCCACCUGCGAGGUACUGGCACAGCAUCGGCAGCUGCCGUGGCCGACUCUGGAGGCGGCGUUGCUGGCGCUGCGAGAGCUGAUUGCGGUCAUCGACAACCCGCAGGGGCGCGCGAGGCGCAUUCUGGCGCCCUACUUGCGAGACAAGGUGCUGGUGCCGCUCGCGACGGAGCUGCUGCAGGCGGCCAAGCCUCCGGGGUCCGACUCGUGGCUGCAGGAGUUCACGGAGCAGUGGGCCGCGCAGCACGCCUCCCUGACCGAGCUGGCGGCAGCGGCGCGCCAGCGCGACCUGGUCGAGCCGGGCGUGGGGCUCGUCGAGGCCCCCGGGGUUCCGACGGGCCGAGCGCGGUGCCUACGGGUCCUGCUCGGCGCGUGGCACCUGGAAGGCUGCCUGCUGGGAGGCGCGGACAGGCUGUUCGACCGGAUGCCGGGGUUCAGCGACGCCGACGUCGAGGAGUUCUCGAGCUACGAGCCAGGGGUCUCCGUGCACAUCGGGAAGAUGAACCGGGUGAAGUGCCAUGCCAGGACGGCCCGCCAUGGCGAGCCGGAGGCAUUGUAUCUGCUGCCGGUCCAGUCUUCUCUCGUCCUCGUCCGCCCAGACGACCAGAAGCCCUUCUGGGCGCUCCCAGUCGUAGCCGAGUCGUUGCUCCACGUGCGUCUGCUGGCCAGCACCGACAAAAUGGGCCCCCUGGAGCAGAUCCCUUCCCCCGGGUCGAACGGUGACGAGCUGCAGCGGAUUCUGAAGCUGGAGGUCUCGUCGCCUCGGUCGCCAUUCCUCAGGUCAUUCGGCCUGGACGGCGUGGGCAAGGAUCGGAUCGGCUGCAGCCUGGUGGCUGCGCCACCUCCGGGCGGCCAGAUGGACCCCAUGACCAUGUCGGUCCCUGUGGCGCCGGGCGCAGCCCCAGGAGAGUCUCACAGGGGCCGAUGUCUGGUGCCGAUGCUGCCGCUGGCAAGGACGGUCAGUUGGUCCUCCAUUUUUCAGAUGAGCGCAGGAGGAGGCUUGCAUGCAAGAUUCUCGUACAGGCGAAGCACCACAUCGCGCAACGCGCGUCAGAUGGCGUGGAAACAUUCCUGA